AUGCAAAGAAUUGCGAUAUUCACUGAUGAUGCCGACUACGAUGCCGGCGAACGUCUGGGAAUGUACCACGUCCACGGUCCUACUCUGGAAAUGAUAAUGCAUACAAUGGACUCCGGAAAAGGUGCGUUCCUUAAAGUCUUCCUACCAAUAUAA